UUUCAAACUGAGCGGCGGGUAGUUGAAACUGAGACAGAAAAAAAACAUCAAAGGUCCUUUGUCGUUAAUUUAAGAUAAACUGCUGAGAAAAUGACGAGCACACUGAAAGGAAUUACUCUGAAAGGAAGCGCGGAGCUUGUUGCCGAGUUCUUCUCAUUUGGCAUCAACAGCAUCCUGUAUCAGCGGGGCAUCUAUCCUCCAGAGACCUUCACCAGAGUCACCCACUAUGAUAUGAGCCUUCAGCUCACCACUGAUCCCAAACUGAAGAACUACCUGACCAAUGUGGUGUCUCAGCUCAAAGAGUGGCUGUUUGAGUGCACAGUGCAGAAGCUGGUGUUGGUGAUCACAUGUCUGGAAACCAACGAGGUGCUGGAGAGAUGGCAGUUUGACAUCGAAUGUGACAAGUCAGCCAAGGAGAGCAGUGUUCCCAGAGAGAAGUCCAUCAAGACCAUUCAGGAUGAGAUCCGCUCUGUCAUCAGACAGAUAACAGCCACAGUCACUUUCCUGCCUCUGCUGGAGAUGCCAUGUGCAUUUGACCUCCUGGUCUACACAGACAAAGAUCUGGUGGUUCCUGAGAAGUGGGAAGAGUCAGGACCACAGAUCAUCAACCAAUCAGAGGAGGUGCGUUUACGUUCCUUCACCACCUCCAUCCACAAGGUGAAUAGCAUGGUGGCGUACAAGAGGACCGACUCCGUUUGAACGUCCCCUCAACCGCACAAGCUGUACAUAGCAACCACUGCCCUUUAUAGAAACAGUAGAUUUUUACACUGCCCUGUCCUACCUCACCCUCUGCGUCUCUGUCCAGUACUCUGCGUGUUCUCCUGCUUUCCCUGUCCGAACCUCACCUUGUCUCCUUUGUGUUUUUGAGAAGGAUGUGUGGACAACAUUCUCUGUCUACACUACAUAUUUCUCAUAAGCAGUGAUUUGUCUCUAGGAACAAUCUUUUCUCUAUGUUGUUUCCUCUUUUUCUCAAGUUGUCAAGCUCUGUUUUAGAAGCUAGUGGUUUAUAUGUUUAACUUUUAUAAAACGUCAUCAAAAAAUAAAUGUGAUUUGCUCUGUCA